CUCAGUUGACCUCGGUCAUGCGUUCUUAUCUAGUAUAGUCACUGCGUUUGCAGAACUUGUCUUCCUCCAACCUGUGGACUCCCAAGAUAAAGAUGCACACAUUGUCACUUAUUCUCGGACUGUGCCUCGUCACAGGCUCACUAGGCGGCCACGGCCACGCGUCCAACAUUGACCAUGACAGCCCUGAGGCGCGGGAACUGUUCCUCUUAGCUGAUAUUGAUCACGACUACAUGCUCUCAACGACCGAACUGCACAGCGUCUUUCUCGAGUUCGACAUGAACAAUGACACGAUCGUGACCUCGGACGAGUUCCUAGCCGAUUGGAUGGCCCGGAAGCUUGGAGACUCUAUAGAGGCCGUGGUAUUGUUCCACCACCUUGACGUUGACCGGGACGGAGUGAUUCAUGAGGAUACUGACCUGCCCUGGAUUAUUCAUUUCUUCGACCGCGACCACGAUGGCGUUAUAUCACAAGCUGAAUUUGUUGUCCAGUGGAUCAAAAUUAUGAUAUCCACGCCGUCAUAGAAACCACAUCGAUUUUUGCUUGACAUUAUGUAGAAAUUAUGUGAAAUAACAAGAAUAAAGAUUUCAAUGAA